AUGGAGCAUAUACAUGGUAAAUAUGCUUUUGUUACGGGUGGAGGCUCUGGCAUCAACCUGUGUUUUGUUCGCCUACUGCUCAAAAAUGGAUUCUCGGUUCUCAUAGUAGAUCGCAGGCUUCGAGUCGAAGCCCAACAACUCAUGGAACAGUACCCAUUCGAGGGCGACAACAGCAAAGCUGAAUUACUGUUUCAAGAGACCGACGUCACAUCCUGGCCUCAGCUAACAGCUGCGUGGAAAACAGCCUUGGAGAAGUUUCCAAAGGUUGAUAUCGUUGUCGCCGGAGCAGGACUAUUCGAACCUCCAUGGUAUUCGUUCUGGGAUGCUCCCAAGACGGAGAGUAACAAAAAGACUGUUUCUCAGGAUGAUGCUGAUGCCGAUCCCGGGCACUAUCGUGUUAUAGACGUGAACUUGGUAUCUCCAAUUCGGCUCAGCCAACUCGCUAUUGGAUACUGGACAAAGGCAAAGUACAAGGGAUGUCUCAUACAUGUUGGUAGCAUAGCUGGCUAUGCUGCUGCCAUCACAACGCCUUUGUACUUUGCCAGCAAGCACGGCUUACACGGCUUCGUGAGAUCGCUUGGAGGACUGCGGGAUAGACUCGGCAUCCGCGUUGCAUGUGUAGCUCCGGGAGCUACAGCGACUCCUAUGUGGAGCGAAGAUCCGACCAAAGAAGUCAUGUUAGAACAAGAUACUAUUCUCAUCAGUCCCGAGGAAGUAGCACAAGGCAUGUGGAGACUUGUUAUCGACCCGGAACUGGGCGACGGUACCAUCCUCGAAGUGACAAAGGGUGCAACAAGAGUCGUACCUCUCUAUAACGCACCGGCUCCUACUGGAGAAGGCGUCAUGGUACCUGGCUAUGCGGAUUCCGUUGAAGAAAUCUAUGAAAGGCUGAGGGAUGAAGGUUUGGACGUGUAA